CUCUCCCAAUCCAAUUGCUGCCCCUUAUCUCUCUUCGGGGGAACUAGUACAUCCAUCACCCAUGACCUCUCUCUGUGUCUCUCAUUAAAUCUUCCUUGUUUUUUUUUUCUUUUUUGUAGCUAGGCUUUCCUUUUUCAUUUUAUAGUAGACAUCAUUACUCCUAUUUUAUUUGACCUUUUUGCUAUAUUUAGUAUACAAGAUUUUGUCAGAAGGUUUAGGGUUUAACAGUAUAGACUUCGUACGAUACUCUGAAACGUUUCUGAAUUUUAAAUUAUACUUAAUUCUUUAUAAACGGUUUUGGUUUUUUUUUCUUCUUUUCGAGAUUUCAUUUCCUGAUUUCCCCGGAAAAUUAUUCUUGGAUUCUUGCAAGAACUAGAAAUGUCGUCUUGUCUAAGCGGCGGUGGUGCCUAUAUGGUGAAAUCGCCACCGUCACACAACACUCCUUCGCCGUCAUCUACAAUCACCGAGUCAAACUCUCCUCCGUUCUUGAUAUCCACGAGAAGGCCACGAACUCCACGGAAACGUCCGAACCAAACAUACGACGAAGCUGCGGCUCUGCUCUCCACCGCCUACCCAAACAUCUUCUCUUCCAAGAAACCAAAAACUCAGACUUUCAAUAAAUCUCCUCUCAGUGGUUACGACGAAGCUUCUCAGUUGCUUCUCCCGUACGAAUCCAUCGAAGAGUCCGAGUUUCUGUUCAGUCCCACGAUUCCAACGAAAGCAGAGCACUUCUUGGAGCAUAAAGAUGUCAUUUUAGAUGAGCUGGAUGUGAAUGGGUUUGGAACUAGUUUAGAUGACUUCGACGCGGGAUCGAUUCUUGAUGAGGAGAUUGAAGAAGGGAUCGAUAGCUUUAUGGGGAGUAUUGAAUCCGACCAGGGAGAGAAUUGCUACAGAAUAAGUCGAUUAGAGGAAGUGAUGAAGAAUGCUUGGAACGGAAGGUUUCGACUAGGACUCGGACUGAGGAGUUCUCUCAGGGAACACGACGACGGGAACUGGUGCCAAUUCCCCACUGUGGAGUUCGAACAAAUAUCGCCGAGAAUUCAGACAGCCAUAAACGCCGUAGCUGGUGACGGGAAACACAAUGUGGUGGAGAGUAAGACGACGGUCUCGGCGGAGGGAUACAAGAAAAAGAACAAGAACAAGAACAAAAACAAGAACAAGAAAGUGACUCCGGCUGCGGCGGCGGUGGAAUCAAAGAGCUCCGAAGAUCCGUUGCCAGAAUUAGAGCAGAGAGUGAUGAGUCCGUUGUUGAAGCUCGACUACGGUGGGGUUCUAGAGGCUUGGUCGGGUAAGGAGUCGCCGUUCUCCGACGAGAUUAUGGGUUCGGACGCCGCAGGAAUCGACCUAUAUACGCGAUUGGGUGAGAUAGAUUUGUUCGGAGAAAGUGGAAUGAGGGAAGCAAGUGUGUUAAGGUAUAAAGAGAAGAGGAGGAAUCGACUCUUCUCCAAGAAAAUCCGAUAUCAAGUUCGCAAACUCAACGCCGAUCAACGUCCCCGUAUGAAGGGACGAUUUGUGACAAGGCCCAACGCAAGGAAUUUAAGCGGCAUACGAGUUUAAGAAUAAGAGCUUUAAGAACUUGAACUCUUUUAUUCUCUUAUUUUUUUUUCUUUUUUGAAUUCAUGUUUAGUUGCUUUGUUUUUGCGAAUUCGCCCUCCCCAUUUUUUGUUCUUUGUUUAAUUAGCUUGCCCCUCUUGUUAUUUUUUGUCAUAAGGGAAUGGGGAUGAAAUUAGUUUAUUCGAGACAGUAAAGAAUGAGAAUUAAGAAUACAGUACAACUUUAUUUUGUGUCUU